AUGAAAGUGUUAUACUUUUCUUCUUCUUCUUCUUCUCUUCUUUUCACGAUUGUACUAUUACUAUCAUCAUCAAUCUUUCAAAUAGGAAAUGGAGAGAUAAUAUCCAACAAGAUAAUACCGGCUGCUCAAUAUGGAACACCUGGAUGUAGAUCAACCUAUUAUAUUGUAGUCAAAGAUACAUAUGACUUUUUCAAUAUUUCGUCAGAGAAUGCCGCAUCAUCAGUAUUGUCACAUCAAUCUAUUAGAUUGGAUCAAGACCACUAUAGAUUGACACUAUCAUUGGCCAUCCAAGACAACUCACAAUCACCAUCUCCGCAAUCCAUUAGUUUGAAAUUAUUCAAUACAAACAAUGACCCAUCUAUUAUCACUACAUCUUUUAAUUGUCUUGGAUCACCAAAUAAUCCAAAUAUUAUAAAUCAACCAAUGAAUGAAUUAAAUGUAAAUAAUAGACAACAAUAUGAAUACAUUUAUAAAUACAAUGUUGAACCUAUUGAACAUCCAAUCACUACAUGUAGUGUUGACAGUGACAAUUAUGAUAAUGGAGCAAGAUGUUCUAUUGACACUGUAUCUUUGGUGCUACCAUCAACCAUGUUGGUUUCCGUACUCAUUCCUCCAAAAUACGCCGAUGAAGGAACCGUUACCAACAGUUGGAUGGCUGGUACCAGCCAAGUAGAACAAGACCUACCACCACUCUUUAAUGCCACGCUGCCACAAUCUAUUUUAUCAUCCUCAUCACAAUACGAAAAUGGUUUGAUUGUUUUAGAUAUUACAGGUCCAAGUUCAAAAGUAUUCUACGAAAUGCAACAACAAUCUAUAUCCGAUCCAAUCGUCAUGACCACCAUCCCAGUAUUUGGCAAUAGUCAAGAAAUGAAAUAUUUCUCCUAUCCCAGACUCCCAAUCAUUUAUUCUUUAUAUUUUAUUGAUUCAAAUUCUCAUUUUAUCAAGAAUUUUACUAUUACUUUAAAUCCAAUCCCAAUCAUUUCAAUUGGUAAACCAGAAUUAUUAAAUAUAACAAAAGAGUUUGAACAUUAUAUUUGUAGUUUUAUGACAAGUGAAUUGGAUGAUUAUGUUGAAUAUCCAAUUUCAAUUGCUGGUAAUCCUUUAUUGAAUAUUGAAUAUCCAUUUGGUUAUACUAAAUAUUCAAAUCAAACUGGAAAGUUAAAUUAUUCAUUUGAUGUACCAUCUUUUGGACUCUCCUCUACCAUUUCAAUUAAAGUUAGAAAUAUCUAUACCUAUACAGUUGAUUCUAAUAUUCCAAGUAUAUCAUCAAAAAAUAUUUUAAUUAAUAUUAAUAUUUUACCAGCAACUGCUUAUACUAUUAUUGUAACUUUAAAUAUUACAAGUCAAAAUGGUUUAUGGUAUAUUAAAUUCAACGACAAGGUAUUCUAUGCUGAUACUUUACAAAAAGGUGAUAUCUAUCAAGGCAUUUAUGUCUUUGAAGUUAGUCUAUUGAAUGAAAUCAAUGUUGAAUUGAAUCCAACCAUUGAAAUUAUGGAUUUAUCUUAUCAAAGUACAAUAUUACAAUCUUGUUUUAAUCUUGCUUGUGAUUCUACUCCAAAUUUACCAUUUAAUGAUUUAUUUGAAUUGGAUUUAUUUAAUGAUAUUAAAUCAAUUGAAUGGAGUAAUAAUAAUAUUGAUACAAGUAAUGGACCAGUAAAAGUUAGUCUUUUUAUUAGUACCACCAAAGACAAUCAAGUAUUUACACCAAUUCUUGUCGAUCAAAUGAAAACAGAUUAUUAUGAUCAACAAUUCACUCAACAAUUCCAAGGUUACUUUGACAAGAAAUUGGACAAGUAUAGAAUUGAUAUUGUUAUUCCACAACAUUAUUAUAAUGGAACCUAUCAAUUCAGUUUACAAUUGGUAUCAAAACAAAUUCCAUCAUCUAUUUUGGCUUCAUUGUUCCCUUCUUCAAUACUUUUAAUACAAUCAAAUUAUUUAGAUUUAAUUGGACCAUAUGUAACAAAAUUAAAAGCAAUUGAAAAAAUUAAAACAGUUGGUGUUGAUAAAGAAAGUGUAAUGAUUGGUUGGAAUAUUUCAAUUGAAUCUUCUGGAUUAAAUCAAUUUAAAAAUGGAACUGUUUAUAUUUUAUCUGAUAUUGACAAGACUCCAUAUAUUGUUCAAUUGGGUUUAAAUAGUUUGAUUGAAAUUGACAAUAUUGAUAAUAAUCAAAUUCACUCUUUAUUAUUCCCUAUUGACAAUGCUUCAAAGUGUAGAUCACAAACAUUCCAAAUUUCAGAAAUCAUUCUUCAAGAUGAAUCUGGCCUAAUUUCAUCUAAUCAAUAUCCAUUCAAACCAUUUAAUUUUAUUCAAUCUGAUACUAUUAAUAAUGAUUUUACAAUUCAAUUAAUUUGUUCAAAUACAAUUAAUGAUAAUAUUUUACCAAUAUUAAAAGAUUUUAAAAUGUAUCUUCCGACAACUUUGGGUAUUGAUAUUGGAUCAGUAAAUAGUACAGAUAGAACAGUAUACUUUAAUUUGACAUUGGAGGAUAUGGAAUCUGGUAUUUCAUCUAGACAUUUACCAAUCAUUUACAUGAUUAGUGAUCAAGGACAUUAUCAAGUUGAAAAACCAUUCUCGAUGCAAGUCAUUUCCGAUUCAACCACCUUUUAUCAAUACAAGUCAAUCAUACCAAUUAGAUUCGGUACAAAUGGAAUAGCGUUGUCAAUCUAUGGUAUCACUGAUAAUUAUAAUAAUAUGGUUGGUUAUACAUCCUCUCAACUCUAUUCGAUGGGUCUACCAUUUGCAAUCAACUCUUCACUCUCUACUGCCUCUUUGGCUACUCCUGUUAUCCUUACAACUAGCUUUUCAUCGGGUAGUGGUAAGUUGAUUGCAAGAGGAUAUGGAUUUGGUGACAACUCUACUUGUACCAUUUCAAUCAACUAUGGUAACGGGUAUAUUGUAGAUCAGUCUCCAGUGAUGGUCAGUCCAAUUCUGUUUAUCAUUGAUGUUGGCUCAGCACUCACAGACCGUAUUCCUAGUUUUACUGUAAAGGUGAAUGUAUCUGGUAUCGAGUCUAACCAAGUGACCGUUUACAACAUGGAUUAUCAAACUCUAGUGUGUUUGGGUGGCUGUUCAGGUAAUGGAAACUGUACGUCAUAUGGAUGUGUUUGUCGAGAAGGUUGGUUUGGACCUGCCUGCUCGGCUGUCGAGAUGGACAGCAAGAUUGAAUUUGACAAUGACUCUCCAACACUGACUUUGGUUGGUCCCGAUUCAACGGCACAGGUUGCUAUUGUAGGUGUUAGAGAGAUGGGUGAGGAUAGUGACGAAAUCAUCCACCAAUACAAUUGCGCUGGUAAUUGGAGUACUACCAUAGAGUCAUCUGAAAAGUUAUUCUACUCUUGUCAAUUGUAUCCAUCGUCGACCACCCUCAAUGUAACCAUUGAACAAUUCUCUCAAUCAGAGACUAGAGAAUUUGCCGGUGAAACCAUCGAAAUACCACAACACUCUGUCAAAUACACUAUUCAACUUGAUUAUUAUCCAUUCUCCUCAUCUGAUAAUACGUUGCUAGUCCUUUUCAACAUGUCCAUCAAUUCAAAAUCUUCAGAUGUAUGCUCUACCAAAUUAGAGGGAAUCAGUCCAGGUAACCAAUUACAAUGGGCAACACUCUAUGUCGACUCUGAUAUUUUAUACGCUAAAUUUAUCAAUGUUGGUCUCAUUGAUGGAUCAUCUUUACCAAUUUCUACAUUACUUGUCAAAGGUGGUGAUGGUGGAAACAAUCAAUCACCAUCAUUCAUUUCAUCUCUUGUUGGUAUCGAAAUUCCAAACUAUCAAUCAGUGGCCAUUGUCGAUCCCAUCUUUCAACAUCUCCAAGAAACCAACCCAGACAAUUACCAUUCUUUUUAUUGUACUAUUGACAAUCAAGGUCUUUCAACCUCUCAAAUUGGAGGUAUUAUGGUUGGAAUUAUUUUGUUUUGUAUGAUUGUAUUAUUCUCUGCUCUCUAUUUUGAAAAAUUUAGAUUCUUGCACAUCUCUAAAAUUAUUAAAAUAAAUGAUCAAUUGGUUUAA